AUGUCUUCUGCUUUAGAAGAAAGGGAAGAACAGAGUUUAAAAUGUUUUAUAUGCAAUAUAAAAGUUACUACUCGUUCGUCAUACGAUAUUUAUUGUACAUUUAUGCCUCAAAGAGACCUGUUGUUAAUAGAUGUUAUGUCAAAAAUACUUAAAAAGGUUUUGAAUCCCUCUCUUAUGAGAAGCUCUGUAUUGUGUCGAAGGUGUUUUACACUUUUUGAUGAGUUGGAUCAGAUAUCUACACGUUUCAAAAAGCUUCAAACUGACAUUAUUAAACGUUACACUUCUACAUGUGUUGAAUAUAAAGACGCUACUGAUUUUAAUGUUGUUGAUAGUAUGGUUCAAACAAAAAUUGUUGAACUUUCACAGAGUGAACUAAAAAAUGAUGAUACAUCUUUUAAUGAUGAUGAUGAUGAAAAUAGCGAAAAAUCAUCCGUUGCUCUAAAUGAGAUUGUUGAGAAUAUCAUAAAUAGCAUACAAGCUGAUGAAACUAUGGACAACGAUGACAAUUCUAAAGAUUGUACUUCUGAUACUGCAGAAGAUAAAAUUCUACUUGAUAAAAAUGAUACAGGACAUAUGGACACAGUAGACAUCAAGCAUAUAGUAGACAUCAAGCCCACAGUAGACAUCAAGCCCCCAGCAGAACUAAUAAGUGAAACAAAAUCAAAGAAACAAAGUGUUGCCAGUGUUGGUAUUAAUUACAAAUGUGAGAACUGUGAUGUUUCUUUUGAACGAGCUUUUGAUUUAAAGAAUCAUUUUAACAUGGUUCACCAAAGUCCAAAACUUUUCUUUUGUUCAUCUUGUGAUAUAAGCUAUUCAACCAAACAAGCAUUAAACAAUCAUUUGUCCAAAGAGCAUACGACUUUGGAUAAAGAGUCUAUUAAUGAUCAAGUUGAUUUAAUUUCUCCAACUAUUAAAACUGAAAAUGAAACCUCCCAAUGUGCUGAUACAGGUUCUAUCAUAGACACUGAAGCUAAUACUGAUUAUUUAAAUCAGUCUCCUCAAGGUGUGAUAAUUGAUGUUAAACCUGAUUUUUCUAUUGAUAAUAGCAUGUACUUGGAGGAAAUUGUACAGGAAGAGAUUGGAGACGAUGAUUUUGAAUGGAAAGAAGAUCAGCAAAUUAACUAUAUCGAAGAAAACAUCAUCGAAGAUAAUUUAAGUGCAGUGGACGAAGCUAGAGCUCCUUCAUCAGGAUCAGAAAAAUCUGAUAAUAAAUUAAAAAAAGGACGAAACAAAAGGGGUGGUUCGCGUUCUGGUGAACGCGCGUGUUUACCAGCUAUACAUAGUUGUGUACUUUGUGACAAAAAAUGGAGGACAGUGACAGAGUUAAAAUCUCAUAUACAAUCACACAGUGGUUUGAGGCCUUAUGUUUGUGAGAUUUGUGGUCAAGCCUAUAAAAUGAAAAAAGCUUUAGAUGUGCACAUUGGAAUGCACAAUGGCAUACAUCCUUUUACUUGUGAAUACUGUAAUAAGUCUUUUACACAAAAAGUUGGUCUACAAAAACAUAUUCCCAUUCAUACUGGAUAUACACGGUUUCAAUGUGAUUUGUGUGGGAAGCGGUUUAUUCAUCAAAAAAGUUUUCACAUACAUACAAUGACUCAUACAGGUGAAAAACAUGUUAAAUGUUCUGAAUGUGGUUUGGCUGUUUUAUCUCAAUCACAUCUUAAGCGACAUUUAAGAGUCCACACUGGAGAGCGACCAUAUGCUUGUCCAAUAUGUGGGAAACGUUUUGCAGAAAAGUAUAACAUGAACGCUCAUGUGCAUAUUCACAAUAAUAAUGGAGGAAUUGGGCCUAAGAGAAACAGAAAUCAUGUAUGUCCAUUGUGUGGUAUGAGUUAUGAUCGAAAACACAAACUUGAAUAUCAUUUAUCUUCAGCGCAUAACAAAAUUGAUAAUAAGCCUUUUCUAGAUAUAGAAUUAGUGCAAGUACAACGACCAAAAAUUGAAUACUUUCAAGAAAAUUCUGAAGGUAACCAAAUCAUAACUGUGGAUAAAAAUGAUAUUGAUCACAAUAGUGGCACUGCAAUGAUCACAGUGAGUGGUGUCAAAGUUCCAAUAUCCUUAGAUGGUGCUCCACUUAUGGUUGCUACAAUGCCACCGCCAGAUCAUCCGAUCAGCCUUGUAACACACAACAUACCAGCUGCAGGUUCUCUUCUCACUUACAGGCCAUCAAACACAAAUAAUAAUAAUGAUCAACAGUUGGCUGAUAGUUCACAGAACUCAUAUAUGUCACAAAAUCCCGUUACAAUAGAAUUGUCUUAA